AGACAAAGUCAGUCCACUAUAUUCAUUUACUCACUGAAAAGAAAUCGUCUCGUCUAUCCAUUUGAUUGAUCGUCAUUUCUUCAAAAACUCAUAACCAAAAUUCAAUCCAAUUCGCUUUCUCUUCUCAAGAAACCCAAUUCGACAGUCACUUCUUGUUGUGUUUUUUCUUGUUGUUGUGUUUCUAUGAUCGAUGUAUAAAUACUGGUAACAAAUGAUGAAUGGGAGCAGGCCAACGGUGCAUCCUGUGGAGGCUCCGCCGUUGACCGAUGGACCUCUGAAUGGGCCCAGGAUGAGGAUGAAGAACGUCCAAGGCAUGCCUGGAACACACGGUGGCCUCACUCUUCGUCUGCUUCAGUUUGUGUUUGGUCUCGUCUCUCUCUGCGUCAUGGCCACCACCAGCCACUUCCGCACCUUCACAGCGUUUUGCUACCUAGUCAUUGCUGUUAGCCUCCAAAUAUCAUGGAGUUUGUCCUUGGCAAUUGUGGAUGCUUAUGCCCUUUUGGUGAGAAGAAGUCUCAGAAAACGUGCAAUUGUCCGUCUUUUUGCCAUUGGUGAUGGGAUUACAUCCACCCUUAUAUUUGCAGCUGCCAGUGCAUCUGCUGGCAUCACAGUCCUAGUUGGCAAUGAUCUUAAUAGGUGUUCUGUGAACCCCUGCGCUAGGUUUGAAACUGCCACAGCCAUGGCUUUUAUCAGCUGGUUUGCCAUGACACCAUCCUUUCUCAUGAAUUUCUGGGCAUUGGCUUCCCAGUAAGAAUUGGUUAGAUAGAAUCUUCAGUCACGUAGGACUAUACUAUAUUGCACUCUUUUUCUGAAUGGUGUGCGAUGGAGAUGUGAUUGCAACUACUGGGUAGAUGGAUAAAUUUUGUUACAGUUAGGUUAGGGGAGUUUUAAUUUUGAGAUCAUCAAUUGCAGUAUGAUGCUUUAAUUUCAAGAAAUAUGUAGAAUUUGGUCGGUUAGAAAUUAACAUGACUUUUUUUGGUCCA